GUCCGCGGCACCAGGAAGAAGGCGCCCGAGCUCCCCUCCGGACCAGACAGCCGCAGGAGGAGGUGGGGGCGAGUAGCGGGCUGAAUUCGUCCGCUGCCCAGGUGGCGGAGCCCCCGAGGAGAAGUGUUGCGCCGGCGGUGGAGACUCGCGCUCCCUCCAGCCCCAGGGGCAGAACUUUCUCGCCCCCCCUCGCUCCCCCGCAGCCGGACUCACUCCCCAGCCGGCCAGUCCUCCCCGAGGAGAAGGCGCCGCGGAGACAGCCCGGGCGGGGGCCCACCUUCCCCAGGGCUGGCAUCAUGUCGGCGGCGCAGGUGUCCUCGUCCCGGAGACAAUCUUGCUACCUGUGCGACCUGCCUCGUAUGCCCUGGGCCAUGAUCUGGGACUUCUCGGAACCCGUAUGCCGCGGUUGCGUAAACUACGAGGGCGCCGAUCGCAUCGAGUUCGUGAUCGAGACCGCGCGCCAGCUGAAGCGGGCGCAUGCGCGGCUGCCCAAUGGUCUGGGGGGCCCCAACGGCUUCCCCAAGCCGGCCUCGGAAGAGGGACCUCCGGAACUGAACCGCCAGAGCCCCAACUCGUCUUCAUCGGCGUCGGUGGCGUCUCGGCGUGGGACGCACAGCGGGCUAGUGUCGGGGUUGCCCAACUCUGGGGGUGGCGGAGGCCCACAGCUUACCCCGGGCGUCUCUGCCACGUCGUCCUCCGCGACGUCUUCGACCUCGGUGUCGGUGGCUGAGGUGGGCGUGGGUGCUGGUGGCAAAAGACCCGGCUCGGUGUCCAGCACAGACCAGGAGCGGGAGCUGAAGGAGAAACAGCGGAACGCCGAGGCCCUGGCGGAGCUGAGCGAAAGCCUGCGCAACCGCGCGGAGGAGUGGGCCAACAAGCCCAAGAUGGUCCGCGACACCCUGCUCACGCUGGCCGGCUGCACGCCCUACGAGGUGCGCUUCAAGAAGGACCACUCACUGCUGGGCCGCGUCUUCGCCUUCGACGCCGUCUCCAAGCCCGGCAUGGACUACGAGCUGAAGCUGUUUAUUGAGUACCCCACGGGCUCGGGCAACGUGUACUCCAGCGCCUCCGGGGUGGCCAAGCAGAUGUACCAGGACUGUAUGAAGGACUUCGGCCGGGGUCUCUCCUCCGGCUUCAAGUACCUGGAGUACGAGAAGAAGCACGGAUCCGGGGACUGGCGCCUACUUGGAGACCUCCUGCCCGAGGCCGUGCGCUUCUUCAAGGAGGGCGUGCCCGGUGCAGACAUGCUGCCCCAGCCCUACCUGGACGCCAGCUGCCCCAUGUUGCCCACAGCGCUGGUGAGUCUAAGCCGCGCCCCCAGUGCACCCCCGGGGACCGGGGCCCUGCCGCCUGCCACCCCCUCGGGCAGGGGUGCGCGCCGCCUCCCCCUGGGACCCCACUCCAACCGGACCACCCCGCCUGAGUCAGCCCCUCAGAACGGUCCGUCCCCCAUGGCCGCCCUCAUGUCGGUGGCAGACACUCUGGGCACUGCGCACUCGCCCAAGGAUGGCAGUUCCGUCCACUCCACCACGGCGUCUGCCAGGCGCAACAGCAGCAGCCCAGUGUCGCCGGCCUCUGUGCCUGGGCAGCGCCGCUUGGCCUCACGGAACGGGGACCUGAAUUUGCAGGUGGCGCCCCCGCCGCCUAGCACCCACCCGGGCAUGGACCAAGUGCACCCCCAAAACAUUCCGGAUUCCCCUAUGGCCAACAGCGGGCCCCUCUGCUGUACUAUUUGCCACGAACGUUUGGAGGACACGCAUUUCGUUCAGUGCCCAUCCGUCCCCAGCCACAAAUUCUGCUUCCCUUGCUCAAGAGAGAGUAUCAAGGCCCAGGGAGCCACCGGCGAGGUGUACUGCCCCAGUGGAGAGAAAUGCCCCCUAGUUGGGUCGAAUGUACCUUGGGCCUUCAUGCAGGGCGAAAUCGCAACGAUCUUAGCUGGGGAUGUUAAAGUGAAAAAGGAGAGAGACCCUUGAACCACAAGACGGCCACCUCCUUUGACCUAGACCAGCUCCUCUCCAAUCCAGAGGGCCCCUCCCCUCUCCACAUCUGCCCUCCCUUCCCUCACCCCCAAGAUGUAGAAUUGUGAAUAUAACAAAACUGCAAAAAGUUAGUCUUAUGUAUAGACAUUAUUUUCGUCGUAUGUUUCUAUAUUUUGAAACUAAGGUAUGUAACUUCUUCAUUUGAAGGAUAAGCCGGUUUGUGUUAAGCAGUAUAAUAUUGGUUGGGUCAUUUGCAUCAUAUUUGUUAGCAUUUAUUUGGUGGCAGGGUGUUUGCCUAGGUACAGAAUUAAUAGCCCUUAGCAACACUGCUGCUGGUGUGUAUUUUUGUAAAUGUUAUGCACUCUCUAAAA